CUUUGGAUUGUAACGUGCCAUCGUGGUUCUGUCUGGCUGUUAGGUUACAGCGUUGUGUUGAUAUGUGAAUGGAUUAGUAGAAACGGGAUAAUAUACAGUUGUAUGGACUAUCGUGUCACUCUUCUGCGACAAACAUUAACGAAACCUAGAAAUGGCGGGGAAGACAAAAAUGAAAUGUCACUAUGAGGUUCUUGGUGUAGAGAGAGAUGCUGGAGCUGAUGAUCUCAAGAAAUCCUACAGAAAAUUGGCCCUCAAGUGGCAUCCAGAUAAAAAUCCAGACAAUGUGGAAGAAUGUACAACACAGUUCCGCCUUGUACAACAGGCAUAUGAUGUACUCAGUGACCCACAGGAGCGUGCAUGGUAUGAUAAACAUAGAGAAGCUAUACUCAAGGGAGGUCUUGGUCAUGGUGAUGAUUAUGAAGAUGAUAGUAUGGAUGUUUUCCAGUACUUCAAUUCUUCAUGUUAUACAGGAUUCGGGGAUGAUGAAAGUGGAUUUUAUUCUGUAUACCAAGACGUGUUUACAAAACUAUCUGAAGAAGAUUACCAUUUCAUGGAUGACAGAGAAAGUGACUGUGAUUUUCCAGAAUUUGGAAACUCCAAGAGUUCCUAUGAAGAAGUGGUGAAGCCAUUUUAUGAUUUCUGGGAGAGUUACCAGACAGCCAAAUCUUAUGUGUGGGUUGAAAAGUAUGAUACAAGGGAGGCACCAGAUCGUCGAUGUCGAAGGCUUAUGGAGGCAGAAAACAAGAAGCUGCGAGAUGCUGCCAAAAAGGAGAGGAAUGAACAAAUCAGGGCCCUGGUGAAGUUUAUUAAGAAAAGAGACAAACGAGUACAAGCAUAUAAGAAACUGUUAGAAGAAAGGAAUGAGGAGAUAAAGAGGAAAGCCAAAGAUAACCGAGAGAGACAGAUUCAGGAGAGACAGAAGAAGAUGGAGAAUUACAAGGAGACAGAUUGGUCAGCUAUGACAGAGCUUGAGGAUGACUUACAGAAGUUGGAGAGGAGUCUUUCCCACCAGUUUGGUGAAACACAUAGAGAAGAUGAUGGCGAUGUGGAAGGGGUCCAGGUAGGCGAGGAGGAGGAAGAAGAGGAAUACUAUGAUGAUUUUUUCUGUGUAGCGUGUAACAAGGCAUUCAAGAGCGAUAAAGCUUUUUCAAAUCAUGAGCGGUCUAAGAAACACAAAGAAAAUGUUGCAUUUCUACGACAACAGAUGCAGGAGGAGGACGGAGAGCUGGCAGAGGCUCUGGAUGGACUAGACCUCGGAGAAGACCCUGGUACAGAGCCUCGUGAGGAGGAAGAGGAUACCAAACAAAAGUUGUCGAAAAAGCAAAAGAAAAAAAGGAAACAGCAAAAGCGUGCCACAUUAGAGGAAGAGGAGGAGGAGGAGGAAGAUGAGCUCUCUAAGGCAGUUAAUGGAUUGGUGUGUGAGGAGACAGAAGUUACUACACAGGACACCAGAAAAGAAAGAGAAAAAAAAAAGUGGAAAAAGAAAGGCAAUGAAAAUGAUGAAAGUUUAAAGACUGAGGAAUCUCAGAUCAACCAUAACAACAGCAACCAGGAGGCAAGUGUAGCUGAGGCACAAAGUACUAAUGGUGAUGUAGAUGGGGAGCAAACAGCAGUUGAUAAUGGAGAACAAGUGCCUGAAGAUAUUGCAGCCACACACAACUCUCAAAGUGAUAAUCAUUCUGGAAAUAUAAGACAUGAAAAACCUGCACAGAUUUUUAAGUGUAAUGUAUGUAGCGGUGUCUUUCCAACAAGAAACAAAAUGUUUGAUCAUAUAAAAAAAGAGGGCCAUGCCGUCCGACUGGAUGUACCUCCUCAAGAAACCACGAAGCGAGACAGAAAAAACAAACGCAAAGGAAAGAGAUGACAGUAGACAUAAGUCUAUCAUCUUUUACCAUUAAAUCUAUG